AUGUCAGUGGCGGCUGAGGACCGUCAACAACACGACCAGCUGCUCCUGAACUUCCGGAGGGGAUUCAACGUCGACGUGGUAACUGACGACGUUCGCUCAGAGUUCGAUUAUUACUCUCCUCCGGCCGCGGCAGCCACUUUCGCCGGAAGCUCGUUCUUUCCUCCGCCGCAUACUACUACUACGGUGGUGACGUCACUGGCAGCUCCGCCGCCGGCGACGGUUGUUGGGUCGGUUGACUACCCGUUCGGCAACGUGGACCACUUGUUUGACGACCCGACGACGGCCUUCACGUUCGACAACUCCGGCUUCUUUUCCUAG